AUGUCUUCCAUAGUAGAUUAUCUUAAUGGUAUGAAGGUUAAAAAAGAAAAAUUUAUCAAUAAAAGGUUGAUUACCAUUACUAUUGUCACCGUUACGGUCACCUGGAUAAACACUUCUUACGUUUAUUCUUCAUUCAUUUUGUUUACUGGUUGGAAAUUAUUUAUUAAAACAAGAUCAAGAAGAAUUAACUGGAUCGACCAAUUUUGUACGUGUGUAUGCGUUCUUGUUGUUGGUCUUAGUGAUCCAACUGGAGCAGCGACAGUGGUUUAUCCACAUUUUACACCAUUCCCACCACCAAAUUCAUCAACAUUAAAUUCCAAUGAAAAUUCUAGUCAGUUUCCAAAUAAUACAACUAAUAACAGUAAUGGUAAUAAUAAUGCUAACAAUAAUGGUAUGUACACAUCGAGUACAGCCGCAGCAGCAGCGGCAGCGGUUGCUGCGUUAACUGCCGCUGCAGCUGCAUCAGCUGGUCUACCGUCGAAUAUUAAAGAUUCCAGAUGGUUAACACUUGAAGUAUGCCGACAAUAUCAACGAAAUCAAUGUUCAAGAGAUGAAAAUGAAUGUAAAUUCGCUCAUCCACCAACACAUGUCGAUGUACAAAGUGGACGUGUUAUUUGUUGUUAUGAUUCAAUUAAAGGUAAAUGUCAACGUCGAGAUCCACCUUGUAAGUAUUUGCAUCCACCACAACAUUUACGUGAACAAUUAAUACAAAAUGGUCGAAAUAAUAUGAUUAUGAGAAAUGUACAGUUUCAAUUGUUACAACAACAAUUAUUAGCCCAAACUGGUGUUGGUCCAUUGGCAGCGGCAGCAGCGGCUGCCGCUGCAGCAAAUCCAACUCAAGGAACAUUAGCAAAUAAUUCAAAUUCUUUAAUUUAUACAACACCAGCUGCAUUAGCUCUUACCAAUCAAACUGGUGCACCAUCAGCUUAUCCGCUACUUAAUAUUGGAUUUAGUCCAUAUUUGAAUGCAAUUACAGCUAAUGGAAUGACAAGUUUACAUGGUGUUCCAAAUUUACCAACACAUAUAUCAACUAACACACCACGUCAUCUACUUAAUACUAACAAUACAAUAAAUGGUUUAUCAAAUAAACGAUCUAGUCUACCAGAUACUAAAACUGAUUUUUCAUCAAUUUAUACUCCAUGUGGAAUAGUAACACAAGUAAAUGGAGGUAAAUUAAAUUCACAAAAUGAUCAUCACAGUCAUCAUCAUCACCAUCAACAAAAUCAACAUCAUCAUAGUCAUCAUCACAAGUUGAAUGGGUCAUCAGGAUUAAUAAAUGGAACUAGUAAUGAAACAGGGAAUAUUAAAGAACAUAGUCAAUCACCUGGAAUACGUGUUACUUCUGCUGUAUCAAAUACUAAUAAUUGUGUUGGAAUUGGGACUGCUACUGGUUGUAAUAGUAAUGGUGGGGGUAGUUCAGGGAGUAAUUGUACCAAUGGAAAUAAUAAUACAAUGAAUGCAACAGCAGCGGCUGCCGCAGCUGCGGCAGCAGCAUUUUUCAGCUUACAACAACAGUCACAACAACAAAAUUCCAUUGGUUUGGGUUUACCACCUCCACAGCCAGCACCACCAUCAGCAGCGGCAGGAGCACAUGGGAAUCCGAUUCCAUUAACAGCGGCAUCACUAGCUGCAGCUGCGUCGUUAGCAGCCGCUGCUGCAGCGGCAAAUCGAGUUAUUGGACCGCAUAAUACAUUGUCGUCACAUUUUCCUGUUGCAUUACCCGAUCACACAGGUUAUUUUCAAGCUCCUUAUCAUAUUGAAAUACCAUCAUUUUCUUACCAAUAA